GAAUUCAAAAUGCUGUCAAGUCAGUGGUCAGUGGUUUUCAAAUGGUCAUUUAUAGGAUUUAGUUGUUUUGUUCUGCUAACAACAAAGACCUCAGGAGCAAGUCAGUCUAAUGACCCUGUCGAUGCACGGCUGGUCGAAGGAGGCAGCAGCUGCUCCGGCAGGCUGGAAAUGAAAUACGAGGGAGAGUGGAAAACAUUGACUUUCAAAGCCAUGGGGUCUGGACGCGCAACUAAGCUCAAGAUUGCACAAGUGGCUUGCAGACAGAUGGGUUGCGGCUCUGCAAUCUCCAUAACACACAAUGUCAACAACACUAACCAGCGACCAGCAUGGGAGAUAGAGUUGAUGUGUGAUGGCACUGAGCUCACCCUGAGGGAGUGCAGAAACACCGCAUCACUGAGAAGAGUGGGGAGGAGACGCAUGACGGCCUCCAGCCAGGAGGUAGUCUGCUCAGACUCUGUGAGGUUUGGGAAUGGACAUUCUGUUUGCUCUGGCAGUUUGAACGUAAAGUCUGAUAACGAUUGGGCCCCAGUGUGUGAGGAGGGUUUUGACUCCGAGGCUCGAAAGGUGGUCUGCAAUGAGUUUGGUUGCGGGCCUCCAAUGGUCUCUAGUGAUUCAUCUACAGCUGAAGGAGUGCCGGCCUUAUUGAAAAAGUUCCAGUGUAAAGGCAACGAGUCUCGUCUCCAGGACUGCGCCAGCUCAACCCACAAGUGCAAACAAGCUCCUGCCAUUACAUGCCAGGGUUCUUAUGAUGUGAGACUGGUCGGAGAAGAGAAUAGCUGUGAAGGCACACUGGAAGGAAAGCUUGAAGGUGAAUGGAGGCCCCUGGCUGUUAGUUGGGCCCUCUGGAAACCAGAACACUCCAACAUGGUUUGUGAGAAACUGGGCUGUGGAUCUGUAAUCUCGACAUUGAAACAUGAUCGGUAUGGAAGAGCGUGGGAGCUGCCAUCCACAUGUUGGGAAAGUCCCACCAAUUCCUCAUUUUGUAAGACCUGGAUGCCAAAGUUUUCAUACAUGUUAAUGACUGUGACUUGUGCAGAAAAUGUGAGACUUGUGGGAGGGCUUGACAGAUGUUCAGGCAAGCUGGAGAUCAAGUCUGGUCCAUCAUGGGCAUCAGUGUGUCAGCAAUCCUUCACGACAGAGAAUGCACAAGUUACCUGUGCUGAACUUGGAUGUGGGUUUCUAUAUAGUUACCAUUCAAAGCAUUACAGCAACGCAGAACAGGCCACGAGUCUUGUCUUCAAAUGUAGAGGCAAAGAGAAGCAUCUUCUGGAUUGUCCCACAGACAUACGCAAUGCCAUGGAAGAGGAUUGUGGAGAGUUUAGGACUGAGAUUAACUGCAGAGAACGUGGAGAGGAGCCUCAUAUAGACCUACACACACUGAACAUGGACCAGGAUUUGGGCUACAGAUCUGAGGUUGUUAAGGACCAGCGCUUUGCGAUCUCUUGUUCCACUGGUUCACUUUACAAACCAUUCUCCAUGCGCCUCAGAUAUAGAAUUGGCCAUAGAAUUGACCAAGCUGCUGAGUGGAUCCAACCAGCUGUUGGUAAAAGUGCCAUAUUCUUCUUCCCUGCUGCAGAAGAUGCACACCAAGGGUUAUACGAAUGCGAUUACAACUAUGAAUUCAAGCCAGAUUUUUUCUCCAAUCCGCAGACACUCUAUCUCACUGUGAAAGAGCACCAUGAUGUGAGGUUGGUGGAUGGACACAGCCGCUGUGCUGGCAGGCUGGAGGUGGAGCAUCAGGAAAAGUGGAGAUCAGUGAGUUACCAGCACUCCUGGAGUCUGAAGGAAGCAGCUGUGGUGUGCAGGCAGCUCGGCUGCGGCGCGGCUGUUUCAACCAGCAAAGUCGACGACUCACCCGAAGUUCGGAGCGUGUGGCGCUUCUAUUCUGAUUGUGAGGGCUCUGAGCGUGCUCUGAUGGAGUGUGGGGUGGUGAAGAAUUGGUCUUCCUCUUCGACAAUCGAAGUGGCCUGUACAGACAUUCUGCAUCAGCCGAAUAUAACUAUCAUCUCUGGGCUGUCUUCUACUAACAGCGAAGGAGGGGAGAUGAUAAGCAUGGGCCACAGCAUCACCAUCAAUUGCUCUGUGGAGCCACAAUACCCCGGAGGUCACUUCAGCCUUAAAAUCAACAGUCUCAACCAAACCCACAGCCUGACCCAGCCAGCUGUCAAUCACUCUGCCGUCUUCACAUUUACUGCGACUGAAGGGAACUGCAGCUGUGUUUAUCACAACUUCCUUUUCAAUCAUAACUUCUCCUCUGAGAGCCUGAGCCUCCUCAUGAACAUCACAGACUAUAUAGGUGUGAUGUUGGACGACGAGAACAACAGUCCCUGCUCUGGAAAGCUCCUGGUGGACGUCCGGGGUGGGCUAAAAUUGCUGAGUGCAGAGUCUACAGUGUGGGACCUGAAGCACGCCUCUGUGGUGUGUAGACAGCUGGGCUGUGGUGCUGCCAUCUCAACCAACAAUGUCACUCUUCCCACAAAGGAGAAAAUGGCACGUUUUUACUCUGACUGUGAUGGAUCUGAGUCUGCGCUGCUGGACUGUGGAACUACAGUGGAAUGGUUUUCCUCCUCAUAUGUCCAGGUGAACUGCACAGGUGAGACGUUAACAGACACCAAGAUGAACACUAGUGGAGAAACACUCAAUCUCUAAACACUCCUGUUGUCCUCCUGGGUCAAAAUCUACCUGGUCUGGUUUAUAUGCUAUAAGGUAGUGGUCACCAACCCUGCUACUGGAGAGCUCCUGCCCUGCAUGUUUUAGGUAUCUCCCCACUUUAACACACCUGAUUCUCAUAAGUAACCCGCUAUCAAGUUCUUUCUGCUGUGUCU